CUGUCCAUCGAACAUUGAUAGAUUCUUUACGUACUGCAUUAGUAUGGAUUUGUAGUUUAAUUUUAUACUAUGCAAUUGGUCCACCAUAUGGAGAACCAUUCAGUAUUGGUUGGGGUCUUAUUGAAAUUGACGGUUUUGCAUUACUCAUUAUCGGCACAUUAAUACAUAAUCGUGUAUUAGAUAUAACUUUACUACCAUGUUGUCCAAACUCCGUGGAUUCAGUAAUAAUUAGAGGAGGUGGAAGAGGAGGAGAAGACAUUAUACCAGAUCGAAGUGAAUUCUCUGAACCAUAUUCACUUGAUCAUACAGAUACAUUUGAUUCCAGUGAUUAUGAUGAUGAUGAUGAUGAUGAUGAUGACGUUGAAGAGGAGGAGGUGAUGGCGGAGUCGGAUAACAACACUCAUAACAACAUUGUUCGUGCUAACAGUUAUAGAUCUAACAAUCUAAGCUAUCAUUCUCAUCAUCAUGAAGCAGAACAUGAACAAUUAUUAUCACAAAAACCAUCAUAUGUUCGUACAAAAUCAUGGCAAAAUUAUUCAUCGAUCAAUUAAUUAGACAAACACACAAUCAUUGCAAUGAUGAUUUGGAUUCUUUCUUAAUUCAUUCAUUCAUUCAUUUUAUUAUUUUCCCUCAAUGAGAUUUUUUUCUGGUGUGUAUGUGUGUGUGUGCGCGUGUGCAUGGAUUAUUUUUAUUUUCGUUAUCGUUGAAUCUUGAACUUUGAAUCUAUUGAACAUUGAAAAUGAUCAUUUCACUUGAUUGAUUGAUCAAAGAGGAAAACGACAGCAACAACAACUUUUUAUCAUUUUACUGUUUCCACUUCAAAAGUAAUGUACAUUUUUCCCUUUAUGCUUUAGUCAUAUGGUGGUUUUUUUAUAUUUUUAAACAAAAAUUAUUUUAUCCCUCCCCCCGCCCUUCGAAUUUCAAUCAUUCCCAGUGAUUAUGUAAUACCAUUUAAAAAUACAGCUUUUUUAUCUAUUGGAAAUCUACUUUUUUUUAAAAAAAAAAUAUGUGUCUUGUUAUUUGUCAGUUAUUAUUAUUAUUAUUGUAAUGUUAAUCGGAUGUCAAGUGAUUGUGAAACACUGUGAAUUUUCAUGAAUUGAUUUUUUCCUGAAAAUCAUAUUGUUUAUAACUAACCUCUCUCUCUCUGUGCCUUCUACUACUACAACUACUACUAUUACUACUAUUCAUGUUAUUAUUAUUACUAUUAUUCUAGCAUUUGUCUUGAUAAUUUCAUCUGUCUAUUUUAUCAUUAUUAUAUUUAUAACCAUUUUUAACUGAUUCGUAAAUAUAUCCCAGAUUGAUUCU